AUGCUAGACAGUCCAGGCGCAGAGACAAAGACUAUUGAGCAAGAAAGAGAUGAGGCAUUGUCAGAGUUACGAAAGCUGCAAAUUGAGCUAGGAACCGUCAAACCCCAAGCUGCGAGUGACAAGGAAACCAGAACAGAAACAAAGACUAUUGAUCAAGAAAGAGAUGAGGCAUUGUCAGAGUUACGAAAGCUGCAAAUUGAGAUUGGAGCCGUCAAAUCCCAAGCUGCGAGCGACAGGGGGGAAAGCACAGAGACAAAGACUAUUGAGCAAGAAAGAGAUGAGGCAUUGUCAGAGUUACGAAAGCUGCAAAUUGAGCUAGGAACCGUCAAAUCCCAAGCUGCGAGGGACAAGGAAACAAGCGAUGAAAUGAUCCAAGUGCUGACCAUAGGGGUGGAAACAUGGGCAAAAGAAGUGGAGGUGGUUAAGAGAGAGAAGGAUCUGCAAGAGCAAGAAAAUGUUCGAUUGAAGCAAGAAAAUGAUCGAUUGACGCAAGAAAAUGAUCGAUUGAAGCAAGAAAAUGAUCAACAAUUGGAAAACGCACUUGUCCAACAAAAGCAGGACUACAACACAUUGGAACAAAAGAAAACUUCAUUGGAACGAGAUCUUGAAUUGCAGAAUCAAAAAUAUGACGACCAAAGAAAGCAACUAGAUGCUGGAGUUGAAGCCGCCUUGAGAUUGAAAGAUGAAAUCGAAGCUUUGCGAUCAUCAGGCAUUGCGAAAACCAUCGAGUGGAACAAUAAGCGAUGCCAACUCCAGGAGACUCUACAAGUGAAGGAGGCAGAAAGCUCAUCCAUCCGCGAAGAAAAAGCUGCCAUACAGGCCUCGUUGGAUCGGACAGAGCUGUCCCUCGACCAGGCCACAAAGGAGCUGGACAACUUGAAUCUACUGAUUGAUACCCGGCAGAACGUUGUCAACAUGCACAAGUGUCACGCUCUUAACGAUACGCUUUCGAUUCUUUCUGGUCUGCAACUCGACGCAGAGUUCGAGCCGGGUCGGACGAAGACGCUGUGUUGUCAGUUCGCAGAACUUCACUUUGACAAUGAAGCCAACAGGUCGCCUCAACAAACCCUGCUGGAAUUGAGAGCAGCCGGAUCAGGGCUUACUGCGAAAGACAUUGAGCUAAAAUAUGACCAGCUCAUUCUUCGAUCAUUCGAUGUGGCGUAUCCUCACAUGUCUUUUCAAUUCUUAACAGAAUUUUGUAGAAUGGCGGUCUACUUGAAAAACCAAUGCAACAAGUUGGUGCACGACCGAAAAAACGCUUUGCGCCCGAAUGAUGGAGUUAUGAAUGCACUGACCCGGUCCGCUCCGACGCGGGAAGCGAGACGAGUUCUAGCAGCAACAGCACAACGCAGACUCGGAGGAAUGCCAACAUCGAUACUAGUAGAAAUCGAUCCUAGCAUUCUUGCUGAACGCAUCGAGCGCUUCCUUAGCUCUGCUGAUCAAAUGCUGUCACGGCAACGCAGCGACCGCGGCAACUGUCGGGAACUCGCCGCCCACUCGAAGUCGAUGAAGACCAAAAUCGUACACGUGCAGUUCGUCGACGAUUGAAUGAUUGACCCAGAAGACUUGCACUACCAAUUGCGCUCGCCCAAGAAUACUGUACGGAAGCAGCACACGAAUAUGGUAGCCGAGCGACUGACUCAAGUCAUCAACACUCUGCUGGAUCCUAAUCCUACUUGACCAGUUGAGCGAUGGCACAUUUACAAACAUUGUAGAACGUCUAAAUUUACUGCUAGAUCAUGAAUUAGUUG